AUGAAUUUUUAUGAUUUUCUGUCAAAUCAGUGCGAUGAUUUGAACACUGUUCCAACAACCCUUAACAGAGGACCGAGAUCUGCCCCCAUCACCGUUAAUUUUUGUCAACUGGCCGAAGACGUUGGUGUAGAUCAAACGGAUAUAGACCAACAAGCUGCUUUAAGGCAACAAGCUUCUUUGGAGUUAGAGGCAGUUAUAAAUCAACAAGCGGCCAUAUAUCAACAAGUUACUUCAGAGCAACAAGGUUUUCAACAGGAACAUCUUUCAUAUACUCCUCCUCAAGUGGAGUCACAGUUGUAUACUCCUCCUCAAGAGGAGUCACAGUUAUAUACUCCUCCUCAAGAGGAGUCACAGUUAUAUACUCCUCCUCAAGAGGAGUCACAGUUAUAUACUCCUCCUCAAGAGGAGUCACAGUUAUAUACUCCUCCUCAAGAGGAGUCACAGUUAUAUACUCCUCCUCAAGAGGAGUCCCAAACAUAUACAUCUCCUCAAGAUGAGAUGCUACACACAGUUCUUUAUCAAGAACAACAGCCAAGUGUGGCUCUUCCUCCACAUCAAGUACCACUGGCGUACUGGCAGCAUCAGCCAGGUUAUACCAUCCCAAUUCAGGUGCGCGUACUCCCGAUAGACGAGAGCGAAAAUAGUGUGAAACAAGUGACUAUACAACAAAAGAAGUUCUCGUGUCAAUUCUGCGGCAAACGUUUUGAUAGAAUGUGCCACAGAACUCAACACAUCAACGCCAUGCACGACGAAACAAGGAUAUUUAGGUGCAAUUUGUGUGGCAAGAGGUUCAACAACCAAGAAAAGUUGGACAACCAUGUCAUGAAGCACACCAGCGUCAAGCCACACCAGUGUAAUUUGUGCUCCAAGUCGUACACUGUCAAGUGCGACUUGAACAAGCAUAUCAUUUCUGUGCACAAUCACCAAUUCCCUUCGAGGUGUGAUUUUUGUCAUAAAGGGUUCGUGAGGAAGGAUCACUUGGCAAAGCAUCUCGAGGGGUGCAAAUUAAGGCCUCAUUCACCACCUUUCAGCGACUUCGAAGCAGCUUUGUGUCCAGGAGUUUUAUCAGCCCACAAUUCGAGAGAGGAAACAUCAAAGGGUAUAAAGGAGAAAGUAAGCUACAAGAAGGGAAAUUGGAUCAUUAUGGGAUGUCUCCUGGCAAAACGAAGUAUCUGCGGUUAA